AAAGUUGCGGUGGUGAGACCAAGUCUUUGCUGCUGCGCGUGCUGGUCGGGUCGCGGAUGACUUGCAUAGCUUAUUGAUGCUGAGAGUGUCCUCUCUGGGCCUCAAACGUUGUCAUGCCACGCCGCGGUACCAUUCAACGCGGCCGUGUCGGUCAGUUGCCGUCGCGCCUUCCAGGAAAUCGGACAACGAGUGCCUCCCCAACGACUCAAUUGAUGGGAAGGAUACCAAGAGGAACGAUGUCCUGCGUGAAUCUAAACCCGUUCACGGCAACGCCACGUCCUCGACCGUCCUCACGCGCACCGUCAUUCCACCUCUAGAGUGGCCGCAAAGGAAACCGUUUGUGUCUCGACGGGCGAGGACGACGUUCUUUGCCAAUAAAGACGCGUUCUUUUCGACUCCACCUUCACCCCCGAGCAUUGCCGCAUGGGAUGAUAAUGUAGAGCCGCCUGCUCACAUUAGUGCACAUUCUGGGAGAGUCAAUUUGGAUGCAUCGCCAGCGCUGUCGUCGGCGCAGGGGUCGGACAAAGAUUUGGAAAGGAUCAUGGCGACCACGUCAUCUGGUGAAGAAGCUUGGGCAGCAUACCAGAAGCUGUUAGCUUCUCCUCAUCGGACUUCUCCCAUCCCCUAUGCCUUGUUGCACCGGCUGGCUCGAAUUUUGGCCUCCUCGCGCACGCGCACGCGCCCGCUGUUCUUACGGCUCCUGUCUGUGCUCUCGACACUGCACACCUCGGGUGGCACCGUGCAGCUUUGGGAUUGGAACGCUCUCAUAGACUGCGCUGGCAAGGGAUGGCGGAAAACACGGCUCGAAGAUUUACAAGCCGCACUGGAUGUUUACAGGGACAUGAUUGCUCAAAAUGCACCUGGUGCGACAUUCAGCGGUCAGCAUAGAAGACCUCCUUCUCCCUCCCCCUCCCCUGGUCCCAACAUCAAUCGUCCGGCCAUUAAACCGGACACGGUUACUCUCACUACUCUUGUGAACAUUGCCGGGCGCACGUUGGACCAGUCCAGUCUCCGCUAUGCGCUCAAACUUUUCGAGUCAUCCGGUCUUACCCGAAAUCGAAUAACCUAUUUGGCUCUCGUUAGAUACUUUACGCGCAAGAACGACCUAGUCGGCGUACGAGAUACCCUUCACAACAUGAGAGGAGACGGCUUCGAGCUCGAUAUAGACGGACUCAACGCUUGCAUAUGGGCUUUUGCUCGGAACGGUCACAUGAACCUUGCAGGCCUGGUAUAUCGCAUCAUCAGGCAUCACCAUCUACCCGAGGACGAGACCGAAUACAACAGCAUUGACGCUGCAAAACAACAGCUUGCACGGAUGGAAGGUAUUACAAUCCCGGAUGAUGUCAAAUCUGACGCCAUCACGUUCUAUACACUCAUCCAGUGUUACGCGUAUCACGGUGACCUCGUUCAAUCGCUUGAGGUCUUCAGAGACAUGAUGCUGUUGAAUGAAAAAUACAACUUCUCGAAUGACAGCCACAAGCCGAAUCCUGCCUUCGCAGAGGAGCCAUCAUCUACACUUCCUGCUUUCCGAGCCAUCUUUCUCGGCUUCGCUCGUCAUGGCGAGGCUCGAACAUUGAAAGAAGAUCAAACACUGUCACGCCAUCUGAAGAGAUCACAGUGGACGAUGGCGAAUUUAGAUGCACUUUUCGAUUCUUUCCUCACGUUAACUCAUGAAUCGAAGCCGAGCGAGAGGACUAUCUAUUGGAUUCUUGUGGCCUUCAAGAGGCUGAGCGGACGUGACAAACCGAAGCUACAACGUGUUUGGCAGAAGCUCGAAGAUAAGUUUGGAGGCGGAUGGGGUGGACGAUUGGAACGUUUCAGGAAGAGGAUCCACGAUGAAUGA